AUGAGUCGGGGGAAAGAAGAAGAAAUUAUGUCAAAAGUAGUGACGUGUGAUGAGACCUGGAUCAGACAGUGGGACCCAGAAAGUAAGCAAGAGUCUUUACAAUGGAAGUUCAAAGACGAGAAGCCUCCUAGGAAGUUUAAAGUUCGACCGUCAGCUGGCAAACUUAUGGCUACGGUGUUCUGGGAUAUAGAAGGAAUAUUAAUGAUUGAUUAUUUACCAAAAAGAACUACCAUGAAUGCCGAAUAUUAUUCUAACCUGCUACGCCAGUUAAGGGAUGCAAUAAAAGAAAAAAGGAGAGGCAAAUUAAGCAAAGGAACUUUGAUGUUACACGAUAACGCACCUGUCCAUACUGCCCGCACAACGCAGCUGGUUAUGAAAGAAUUAGGCUUCGGUACCAUUGACCACCCACCGUAUAGUCCAGACCUAGCCCCCUGCGACUAUUUUCUCUUCCGAAAUCUGAAGAAAGACCUCCGAGGCAGAAAAUUUUCUACUGAUGAUGAGAUGAAGGCUGCUGUAACGGACUUUUUUGACGACAAACCAAAAGAUUUUUUUUUCAUGGGUUAA